AUGGACGAAGACCAACAGGACGAUAUUUUCGAGGAGCUACGUGUGCGGGCACAGGAAGCAAAUGCCGACGUGGACCAGGACCAGGACCAGGACGGCGAGGACCAGCCGUUCGUAGAGCAACAGCAACCUCGACACUACAAGGACACAGACCCAGCGUCGCGAGAACAGCACUACAAGGACACAGACCCAGCGUCGCGAGAACAGCACUACAAGGACACAGACCCAGCCUCGCGAGAACAGCACUACAAGGACACAGACCCAGCCUCGCGACAACAGCACUACAAGGACACAGACCCAGCCUCGCGAGAACAGCACUACAAGGACACAGACCCAGCCUCGCGAGAACAGCACUGCAAGGACACAGACCCAGCCUCGCGAGAACAGCACUACAAGGACACAGACCCAGCCUCGCGAGAACAGCACUACAAGGACACAGACCCAGCCUCGCGAGAACAGCACUACAAGGACACAGACCCAGCCUCGCGACAACAGCACUACAAGGACACAGACGAUCAGUCUCAACCCCGACCCCCCAGGGACCUCACCACUCCGUCUCAGCCCCGACCCCCCAGGGACCUCACCACUCCGUCUCAGCCCCGACCCCCCAGGGACCUCACCACUCCGUCUCAGCCCCGACCCCCAAGGGACCUCGCCACUCCGUCUCAGCCCCGACCCCCCUGGGACCUCGCCACUCCGGCUCCGUCUCAACCCUGA